CUCAACGUUCGUAUCUUAGCGUCGGUUGCUUCGUGUUUGUUGUAGGGCGAAUGACAGACGAUUAUAAACGCUCUUCUUACGUUCCUUCUUCGUUUAUAAAGUAAUUGUCCGUUUUUUCCGCUUUUGUUAGCAUAAUUCAUCUGUUAUGCGCACGACUGUUCAGAUUUGAUCGCCCACUGGAUUAUACAAGCGCUGUGAGACAGCUGACAUCGUCCUAAAUCUUUCAGCCUGAAGAAAUUCCUGCACAGUUCGCUUAUCGACACACGAGAUGGACCUUUUUUUGUAAACGCAUUGCUAAUAUCUGCAUCUGAAUCUCCAUGUAAGCAUGUUUUAGUGCGUAAUACCGCUCGUGGUUGUGAUGUGUGUGAGCAGCUGUCAAACCAGGUGACUUCUGCUGGCUGUAAACCUCUGCUGAUCUGCUAAAAUGAGAGGUUAGAUGAGGGCAAUGCACGGAAGAGCUGUGAUUUAGGAGAUGGGUGAGUAUGAGGACCGUCUGCAUGGGCUCGAGGGGGAGUCAUUUCCUUUCCCCCCUCCACCACGACACCCAGGCGGCCGGGAGCGAAUCCACAUCCAAAAAAGCAGUGUGUGCUCCAGAGCUUACUUCGUGGUGGUCAUGGCCUUCUUCCACCUCUAUAUUAUAAACAUCAUAGCUUUGCUGCUUUAUGUGCACUAUAACACGGGGUCUGGGGAGCAGGAUGUACCCCUGGAGAAGAGUGCCAGUGCCCCACGACCCAUGCCCGCUGAACACCAAACCCCAUCCUCACCAAACCUGAGCCCAGAGCUCUCCUUCCAUCUGCCACGGCUGGAGGGCAUUCGGGUUGGACACGUGCAAAGAGUUUCUCUGGUUCCUGACCGGACCCAUAACAUGCGCACCCUCAGCUUGAAACCACUGCUGUUUGAGAUCCCAGGAUUCCUGAGUGUGGAGGAGAGCAGUGUGGUGAUGCAGCUGGCCCAGCUGAAAGGCCUGACCCACAGCUCUCUCCUCACAGCCCCGGACAGCCAGGAGGAGCAGCUCACUCAAGACGAGCUCUUCAGCCUGCUUGACCUCAACCAGGACGGCCUUCUGCAGAGAGAGGAGAUUUUGAGUCUGUCCCAUUCGACUGAUGGAUCUUGGCUGAGCUCAUACAAUUUACGGAAAAUCCACACCGGGCUGGAGACCAACCCUUCUGGAGUUUUGUCUCUGCAGGAGUUUAAGCGUGUCAGUGGUGGAGUGUUUCAGUACGGCACCCCUGGCCAAGGUUUGGACGGACAUGCCAAGGUCAGGCAGAGAAGCACACACACUCGACUUUACCUUGGAGAGGGCACACACCACCUGCUGAAGAGCAUCAAAAACAGAGUGACCCGUUUAACGCGCCUGCCGUCCUCAUUGGUCGAUCUCAGCGAGCCAAUGGAAGUCGUCCGUUAUGAGCAGGGCGGCUACAGCCACGCCCACCACGACAGCAGCCCCACCAAUCAAGACAGCAGCUGCGCCCACACACAUCUGGCAGCAAAUAACUCCGCCUCCAAGCAGGUCGCAUGCAGGUAUCUGACAGUCCUGCUGCAUCUGAACUCGGCGGAUGGAGGUGGAGAGACCAGCUUCCCCGUGGCUGACAACAGGACGUAUGAGGAGGAGGUCUUGGGUGAUCUCUCUCAGCAGUACUGUGAUAAAGGGAAUCUGAAGGUCAAACCUGUAGCUGGAACAGCUUUGCUGUGGUACAACCACCUGUCAGAUGGCAACGGCUGGGUUGGAGAGCUGGAUGAAUUCUCUCUUCACGGCGACUGCUUAGUCAGUCGGGGCUUUAAGUGGACAGGAAGUGUGUGGGUGAACAUCGACCCUGACCAGCAGCGGCAGGAGCGCUACCAGCGCCUGGUCUCAUGGCAUCCGGACGAGCAAAUCAGAAAGCCAGAACACGGAGACCUUCACCAAGACCUCUGAACCAGACGUCCUGUUAGGAGUUACGCUUCUGUGCUGAUCUAGAAUCAGUUUCCGCUAAUGUGAAGCCUUGUUUAGGAAAGUAAAAGAGAUAUGUCAUCCCCUGCUCCGGUGACACAUCAUUUAAUAUUUAUGAGUUCAACAGGGAAAUUGCUCUUUCAAUAAUAGCUAAACAUUCACUGAUAUAUAGUUUGCUGCUGUCGCACAAGUUCCCUAUUUAUGAAAAGUUUAUUUAUUCAAUGUGCAUAUUUAUUGAAGUUGUUAUUUAUUUGUCACAUUGCUAUUUAUUUAAUUAUUUAUUAUGUUAUUAUUUAUUCAUAUCUAUAUAUCAAAUGUGUGGUGUGUACAAAUAUAAAUACAGUCACAUAAUGUGUGUCUAUCUCAGGUUUGGUUACGCACAGGUUGUCUUUUUCCAUUUUAAUGCACAAGGAAAUGGUCGGAUAUGUAAGUUAAAUUAUUAAGAAAUAAAUUCAUACUUAUAGAA